AUGUUUGUGGCGUACAAAUAUAUCCGUCAAAAGACUAGCAAGUCCGGCGAGACGUCAUCGCAGAAGAAACCCGAGAAACCUCUCUGUUCCCACCUCGCGCGCCAAUCCCAGAUCGAACAUACCCCUACAAGAGAUACCAGCGACGAAGUACCGUUGCGAGAAUUAGGAUCUGGGUCGGCACAGGGCCGAUACGCAUCUCAUAGCUCCACGCGUGGCGAUAGAGAUAGAAAAUGCCGACAAUGCGAAGAGCAACGACGUCGCGAACGAAUCUACAGCUGGAAGUUGAUCGGUGGACUCUGUUUACCGUUUACGUUGGCGACAUUGGACUUGACGAUUGUAGCCACUGCUGUGCCGUCUAUUGCUUCGCAUUUUCAUAAAUUCGACGAACUCACCUGGGUCGUCACGGCCUUCACCCUGACCUCAACAACCUUCAUCCCUGUAUUCGGUCAACUAGCCGAUGUAUUUGGCCGUCAUGCCGUGCUGCAACUAGCGCUGUUCCUGAUGCUGAUCGGGAGCGUGCUGUGUGCUGCCGCUCAGACAUGGGGUAUGUUGCUUCUGGGACGUGCGUUGCAGGGCGCGAGCUCUGCGGGACUCAUGAAUAUUAUUAUGAUCAUCUUGGCGGAUAAAGUGUCGUUGAGAGUCACAGCGAAGAACAAUUCGUUGUUUACGAUGGUAGGGGGUGUGGGGUAUGCGAUUGGGCCGGUUAUAGGGGGGUAUUUGACAGAUGAUAAUUGGAGAUAUUGCUUUGUGAUACCGAUUCCUAUCGCAUUCAUCUCGCACAUCCUGAUAUACAUUCUACUGCGAAAGGAACUUGUCGAGGGAACGAUCUUCCGCAGAAGAUCCGGCAUAUCGGCUAUACUGCCAGGCCUGGCGACUGUGGAUAUCUUCGGAUGCAUUCUGUUCAUGUUCGGCAUUGGUCUGACCAUCCUGGCGACGGCCUGGGGAGGAGCCACGUAUGCGUGGUCAGCGCCUCAGGUUCUCGGACCUCUCGUUGUCGGAGGGAUCUGUUUUGUGCUGUUCUUCGUGUACGAAUAUUUUCUGGAAUCGGGUAGGGUGAUCGCGAGGCUGUUUCCGAAGCAGGUUCCCAUGCUGCCGUAUAGCAUGUUCACGAGGAAGGAUACUAUAUGGCUUACUGUAAUGGAGGUGUCGAUAGGUGCAUCAAUGUACUCCGUCUUCUACUUUAUCGGCAUCUACUUCACCCUCAUCGAAGCCUACCCUGCCUCAAAAGCCGGCAUAGAGCUCCUCUACUACAUCCCCGGUCUAGGAGCCGGCGUCUACCUCGCCAUGCUCCUCUGCAACGUCUUCCCCGCACAAACCUUCCACCCCCUCAACGCCGGCACCAUCCUCACGACCCUCGGCCUCGCCCUCGUCAUCUACGCCAUCCACACCCAAAACACGCCCCUCCUGAACGGCAUGAUGGUGCUUACCGGCGCAGGGACCGGACUCCGCUUCAUGCCCUCAAACCUCCACGCCGUGGGCGUCUGGCCGGAACGAAUCGCCCCCGCUCUGUCACUGAUGCGUUUUGCGAUGCCGUUUGGGGGAACGAUUAGCUUGACCAUCAUGGGGAGUGUGUUUAAUAAUAAAUUUCAAGCGGCGGUUGGAAGUCACAAUCAUAGUGGUAGCGUCGCCGAGAGCGGAAGGGGGAGCGGGAACUUGAAUAUGCAAGAUACGUCGUCUUCGUUGUCGUUUAUUGAUGGAUUGGCGUCUGAUGAGCAAGUGGUUGUGAGGAAUAUGGGCGGGGAUGCUAUCAUGUGGGCUUAUAUUGCGAUUAUGCCGAUUAUGGGAGUUAGUUUGUUAGUGGGGUUGGUAAUGGGGAAUGUUUGGAUCAAACCGGAUGAUGGUAAGUCUGAUAUAUCGAGGGAUAGGAGGGUUGAGGAGGAGCAGGUUGGUGUGGAAGUGGCUCAGGAAGAGAUGAGACAUAGUGAAGUGAUUUAUGUGCCGUUUUUGUGGGCUUUGGUUAAGGGAAAUGUCAAUUCGUAUAAGCAUGUCAGUAGGCCGGUUUCUGAGACGGAGAAGCAGGCGGGUAGGUAA